GGUUAACUUGUGGAAAAAUAAAGAUAAUGAAAUGGAUUAUUUUUAUUCUACUUAUGAUAAUAAAUUUAGAUAUUCUUCUAGAAAUAACUUAUAUUCGACAACUGAAUAAAAAAUCAAAUGUACAACUCCGGGAUUUCACGGAAACAACAACAACACAGACUUUUCCACAAACAGUCAUGGAGAAUAGUAAAUUAUGUACAAAUCUUACAGAAGACAAAGAUAUAAUCAUGGGUCUUUUCGAAAACAUCGAAAUAUCCGUACUAUGCGACUACUUAAAAAAUGAAAUCAGUGCGAAUAAACUGAUUUUAUUAAAUAUCAGUGUCUCAGACAGCACAUUAUAUGUUCGUGUUCGAUUGAACAUCGAAAAAGGUGAUUGCACAAAUCAAACUAUUUUCACCAAAUGGGUAAAUUACAGUGUAGGUCUUGGAGUGAAUAAACUACGUUAUACAAUUGAUUCAUCUAUUUAUAAACAGUUACAUCUAAAUGAAGUGUAUGAGAAAGUUGAACAAACAAAUUAUACUGUAGUCAGUUCUAUGAAAUCUGUCAACUUUAAUAUUAUACGCUCAUUACCGAAUAUUCUAAUUGAUAAAUACUUAUCGAAAGUAUGCAUCAUGGAACAGAACUGUCUUCAUUGGAUAGACAGAUCUAGACCAUGUGGAUUACAAGACGUUGGCAAUAUAUUUAGACCGGAAGAUUAUCCAUUAAUAAGUGGAUGGAAUGAAUCAGGUGGUUGGUCGUUGUUUCAGUCGUUUAUUGAAACACUCUCUGAUGGAAACUGUUCACCUUCCCGAAAUAAGAACGGCAAAGGAUUGCAGAUUAUACAUUCUGCGUGGUUUAUCCCUUGUAAGAGUUGUAAUCAUACAUCAAAUGAAACAAACUGCGACUGGUCAAAUGCAUUAUGGUACGAACCUAAUGAUCCAAUCUAUCCCUGUUUAUACAAUAAAAGAAGUAUUCAAAAUGAUAAAAGUCUAAUAACAACCUACGUAAGAAACCGUGUACUUCUUUUCUUGGGCGAUUCAACUUUACGCGGUUUAAUGUAUUCCUUACUGUAUCGUGUAAACAAAACACUAUCCCACGUUCAAGAAACACAUGGACAAAUAACGCUGAUUAACAGUGCAACAAUAACUACACGAUUUACUUAUUUUCCAGAUUAUUCAAUAAAAUCACAAUUAAAUAAUAAAAAUAAAAUAAAUUCAUUCAACAGUUUAUUAAAAUCACUUUUUAUGUUUAACCAAACAUUCAAUGAAGCUUUGUUGUUCGUGGGUGGUGUAAGAUGGCUAAAUUCGUAUCAUUUAAAGGCAAUACAAGUAUUUAUCGAUAAACAAAAGGUAUUUCGUUCCGUCAAAGUGUAUAUCAAAGAUUAUUCUGCUGGUUUUCACACACCUGUUGAUGGAUUACCGUUUGUUAAUUGGUCGAGACGAAUGUAUGAACAUAGAAGGAAUCAAGAACUAAUCAGAUUGAUAAACGAAUAUAACUGGUCAAUUAUUUCAACACACCAAAUCACUUGGACAAGACUUAAUCAUUUUCAUGCUUAUGCAAGAUGUUCAUGUCAUUUUUAUCAUGUUAUAAAACAAAAUGCACAAUCAAAUGUUGCAAUAAACAAAUAUCAACAUACUACCAACAAUAACGGUGAAGAUCAUAAUACAUUUGUCUAUCAUAUUAUUGGGCAAAUUCAGUGGAUUAUGUCAAGAAUCGUUGAGACAACAAUUAUAAAUAAUAUUUAUUAAUAUUGUUGUUUUUACAACAUAAUUAUGGUUUUAUUUUUUAGUUUGUUUACUUACUAAGUACCAAUCAAUAUUCAUACCUCAUAGUUUACUUCACAAACUGAUCUUAGUUAGGUAACCACCGUAAACCAGAAAACACUGAACAAUUGUUCAUGAAUCAACUGAAGUUGGA